UUACGUGGUUCAUUGGUGUAUGUGCAAACACUCCGACCCCUUGUGUACACUUGGUAGUCACGACGAACCGACCUGUCGACGCCAAUAUAAGGCCUGGGUAACUUUCACACUACAGACAUUUCCAGAGAGGCGACCAUCCAAACUUCGAAGAGAUCCCGCUAGGAAGCGGAGUCCGGGAAGCGAGCCUGACUGUGAUCAUAUCGACUGACGUCGACAAGGAUAUAGCAGUUUGUAGUAGACGGAACGGACAGAAGAUGACUCGUCACUUUGCGCUUGUCCUGUCUCUAGCACUCCUGAUUUGGGGCGUCCAUUCAGAGCCCGUGUCUUACGUAGACCAACAGGGCAAAGGCCUGCCUCUGAAGGGGGCCAUGUCCAAACUUCAGGAAAAGGAGCUUCUAUUGAAGGAACUUGAAGAGUUGGCCAAAGAAGAAGUCAUGAACGACGGCAGCGAUGGUACCAGCAGCAUCGAUUACAACAUGCCUGAACUGACAGAGAAGACGACAUUUGUACCGCUCGAACCCAUGUCUCCAGACGACCAACAGGCCAACGAACUGCCGGCAGACGAAGAUGAGCCAUUAUCCAACCUUCAGGAAGCGGAGAUUCUCUUGAGAGAGCUGGAAGAACUAGCCGAGGAAGACAGGAUGACCGAUGACAUGUCGGUACUUCCCGAGAAAAGAACUUCUGCAUUGCUCGAAACGAGGUGGGAAUCCAUCGGCGGGCGGCUUAAGUUCGUAUCAGUUGGGUCCAACGGCGUCUGGGGAGUGAAUAGCAACGAUGACAUCUAUUACCGUACUGACACGUUUGAAAAUGCAGCGUCUUCGGGCAGCGGUUGGCAACACAUCGGGGGCAAACUGAAGCAGAUCUCAUCAGGACACUCGGUUUGGGGUGUCAAUGCCAACGACGAUAUCUACAUACGACAAGGCAUAACAUCCAGUAACCCUACAGGGACCGGAUGGCACAGGAUUGAAGGGAAGCUCAAACAACUGGACGUCAGCUCGACCGCAAAGCAGCUGUGGGGCGUCAACAGUGGAGACAACAUCUACCGGCGGACAGGGAUCACUACAGCGGAACCAAAAGGUGCAGGGUGGCAACACAUUUCCGGCGGGCUGAAGUUCGUGUCUGUUGGUCCCGCUGGCGUGUGGGGGGUGAACAGAAAUGACGACAUCUUCUACCGUACGGGAACCUUCGGAAACGAGGCCUCUGCAGGCAGCGGUUGGCAUCAAAUCGGGGGAAAACUGAAGCAGAUCUCGUCAGGGGACAACAUUGUUUGGGGAGUCAACGCCAACGACGAUAUCUACGUUAGAGAAGGAAUAAGUUCGAGCAACCCUACGGGAACUGGAUGGCGUCAGAUCCCAGGGAAACUGAAGCAGGUCGAGGCUAAUCCAAGCGGCAGUCAGGCGUGGGGCGUCAACUCAGCAGACGGCAUUUACCAACGUGUCGGCACCGUGUCAACUGGGUUACUAGACCCAAACGUUGCAGCUGGAAGACGUGCAUAUCAGUCAAGUGUGCACGGGGAAGGUAUCCCUGGCCGAGCUGUAGACGGGGGGAGAAGCACUAGCUGGGGACACAACUCCUGCACCCAUACAGUGACCGAAAACAACCCAUGGUGGUACGUCGACUUGGGAAAGACAGUUACGGUCGACCACGUCGCUAUCGUCAACAGGCUGGACUGCUGUGCUGAAAGGAUCACCCCGCUUGACAUCCAUGUUGGGCAAAGCACUGACGUGGCGAGAAACGCGAGGUGUGGGGACCAUCACCGCUUCCCGCCCGGACAGAGCGAGCUGACUGUCGACUGUGACGGGAAGCGGGGCAGGUACGUUGGGAUCAGGCUGCCGGGCAACCAGAGAAUCCUGACGCUGUGUGAAGUGGAGGUUUAUGCAGCUCCAAACCGAGCUCUGGGACGACCUGCAGUCCAGUCUAGUGUUGGAUGGAGUGGCUUUCCUCCCCGAGCGGUGGACGGGUGCCGCGACCCAAACUACGACCAACAGUGCUGUACCCACACCCAGGCCCAGACGAACCCCUAUUGGUACGUGGAUCUAGGUUCCCAAAGGCGGGUGCAAUGGGUGGUCAUUACCAAUCGUCAGGACUGCUGCCAUGAGCGCCUCAGCCCCUUCACCAUCCACGUUGGGAACUCUCCUAACGUCGCGAGUAACCCACGCUGCGGCGGCCACCACACCAUCCCCGCCGGCAAGGACAAGGAUGCCAUCAACUGUAACGGGAUGAGGGGACGAUAUGUGGGGAUCCGACUGCCAGGCCACGGCCGUAUGCUGACACUGUGCGAAGUAGAAGUCUAUGAAGGUAGUGGAUACAAGAAGAGGACGUCUGAUGUACGAGGCAUUGAGGGUCAGGGCUGUGGAGAACAUGAGGAAGGAGACGCCUGGGUGGCUGAUGAGGAUAAACACAACUGCAUCUGUGACCUGAACGAAGCGGUGUGCACCAAGGUGGACUGUGGGGAGAAUGGUGAACAGGAUCCCAUCAAGGACGAAGAUGGAAUGUGGUCCUGCCCCGAGAUUCCAGAUGUCACGAGUGAGGAGGAAUUAGAGCCGGAGAUACCGGACGAAACCGGGAGGGCCAUGGUGGGCGAACUCCCGGCCUAACAGGACGGAGUCGCCGAGAACUACUCCCGUCUGCAGCGGCCGCUGUAAGAUGAGGACCCGUCAAACGGACGUCGACUAGCUCGGUGUGCCUUGCGUGUGUUUGCAUCGCAGAUAAAAUAGUCCUAACAAAAAAUUGCAGAUUCAUGCUUCUAAACCUUUUCAAUGCAUAUGAAAUCUGAUAAAACAGCAAUGGAGUGUGUAAUUAGAAGUACAAACUUUUAAGGUAAGUUGGUGGAGAACUAAGAGUUAAUUAGCCCAGAUCCGCUACAAGUUUUAGUCUACAGUGUUCCUAUUUAGAUAUUUUUGUUCAAGACUCUGUCAUAUUAGUCUGGUCGAGAACUAAGAGUUUAGCCCAGAUCAGCUACAAACUUAAGUCAGCAGAGUUUGCAUUUAGACAUUUCUGUUCAAGAAUUCUGUUCUAUUAGUCUGGUUGAAAACUAAGAUUUUAGCCCAGAUACGUGUCAUAUAGCACCGGAACAACCCUUCGAUCACUAAACCAAUAUUUUACUGCCUAUCAAUCAAAUAUUUGUAUGCAAAGAUGGCGUGUUAUCCAAUAUAGGAUUCCAAUUUAUUGUCAAUUUGAGCUAGUGAAAAGUAAAACAAAGUCAACAUGAUAUGGCGUAUUUUUCACUCACAGCUUUAGUUUAAUCACAGCAUCUUCAUGUGAUUUGCGAUCGGACAACACCAACGGAAAAUAUUUGAGAUUCACGCUUAUUCUACGGUUGUGAUUUUAAUGAUUUUACAUAAUCACUCUCUAUACCUGCUACAUUGUACUUAUAUAGUAUCCAUUCCAGAAAUUAAUGCAUGAGUUGUAAUUGACGAGUGAAAAAACAUCAUGUGAGGUGUAGAAACCAUACAAGGAUGUGGAAGGAGGAUGUUUAACACCAGGGAGAAAAUUGUCGAUGUGACUUGCCGUUAGAUAAGAAGUAAAUGAUCAGUAUCAUGAUUGUGCGUAGCUGAUGUUACGUACCUACACGUUGAUUUAGGAUGAUGAGAUGUUACAAGUAAAAUUUAGAAACAAUUGAUAAGGAAAUUCCAAUAUCAGAAUGAAACUUUGCUGUAUUUCAACAUAUCAAUAUAUAUUCAAGAUGGUGGCAAUAAAUCUGCAAUUUCAGGACUGCAAAUGAUCGUUGUCCGUGUGGUUUGUUAUGUUAAGUUAAUUGAUAUAUGUCAUCCAUAUAAUCAAAUCAGCAUGGCCUUAGACAGAAAAAAAGACAAAUUUUGAUGGUCAUGUGAAUGCAAAUACAACACUACACAUCCAUGGUUACAUUGCCUUUCUGUCCUGUUCUAUAUCUACACACAGGCAAUAUGCGGGAGUAGUUGGUUUAAGUCUUGUUUACAUGUAAGCUGUGUCGUUGUAAUAUUUGGUUUGUCCCUUGCAAGCCUCCUCCCUGAUGACUUCAAUGAAAGCUACCCCCAGGCCAGUUUGACUUAUCAUGAAUAAAGGAAGCUUCAAACAAACAAACAAACAAACAAACAAACA